AUGCGACAGUCUCUAUCCCCCGCUCCGGAGCCAAUUCCCAACCCAUUAAUUCCAGGUGACGCAGCAUCCUCGGCUGAAACUCUCUUUAAGACAAUAAAUACAUUUGCAAAGGAGAACGGGUUUGGCAUUGUUCGACGGAACAAGUACUCUUAUAAAGGACGGUUAAUUAGGUACUCGAUUCAAUGUGAUCGGUUUGGGCAAUCUCGAGCUACAGGGGGCUCUGGUCUUCGAAACCGAAGGACUCGUAAGUGUGGAUGCGAAUGGAUGAUAAUUGCCGAGGCUUUAGAGGAAGGCAAGUGGCUUCUCCGACAACAUAAAGAUGCAAAACAUCAUCAACACAACCAUACACGGAGUAUUACGCCGUCCGCACACCUUUCCCACCGACGACUUACCACGCCAGUUAAAGCAACCAUCGAGUCAGCAAGCCGUCGAGCGGGUAUUCGAGCCAGCGAUGUAGCUGCUAUCGUUGAGGAGCAAUUCCCUGAUACUACACUCCUGCGGAAGGAUAUUUAUAACGCCCGUUCGCUCAUCAACCGGGAGAAACUUAAGGGCUAUACAUCUACUGCGGCAUUGAUCAGACUUUUUGAUGAGAAAAAAGUCCCAUAUAUCGCCAAGUGGGCUGAUGAUGACCCAGACAGACUGCUUGGCCUUGUCUGGACCUUUCCAUACUGUUUACAGAUGUGGAAGCGCUUCCCCGAGGUUAUCAGCUUUGACAACACAUAUAAUACUAAUCGCUUCAAGCUUCCUUUAUUCCAAGCUACUGGACAAACCUGUCUCGGGACAGUAUUCAAUGCUGCAUUUGGUUUAAUAGAUAACGAGAGAAGAGAGGGAUUCCAAUUCCUUGCAGAGAGCAUUCACGAACUUAUUACAAAACACUCGAUUCGGCAGCCUGAUGUUCUUAUCACAGGCUUCGAUAAGGCAAUGAAAUCUGCUCUUAAUGAUCGGCUCCCAAAUAUACAGCAACAGCUUUGCAUUCAUCAUAUCCCUUCAAACGUCUUGCUUAAAUCGAAGACUAAGUGGACGGGCGAACGUGAGGAGAGUGCUAGCCCUAGCGCUAGUGAUAACGGAGAUGUUCCCCCCGAGGCGCAGGUUAGGCUCGGCGCUACAGAUGAACAUCUGAUCGAAGACUCUUCAACUCGUGAUUAUAUUCCUCAUACCUACCAGGGUGUUGUUUUAAUGUGGAAACGGGUUCUCCAUGCUGAGACAGAGAAAGCAUUUGAGCAAGCAUGGAGAGAUCUUUGCAAAGAGUUCGACGACCAGCGAGCGAUUCUACAAUACCUCUAUUCGACCUAUCUGCCUGUCAGUGCUCAAUGGGCACGGUGCUUUAUCCGUCAUUAUCGUAACUUUAGUAUUCGUGUUACGUCUGGCACAGAAGCAAGCAAUAAUAAUGUCAAAAGCUAUCUCUUGAACGGCAUGAGCCACCUGUACCGACUGGUCGAGGCAAUGCAGGAUAUGAUACAUGACCAAGAACGUGCCUUUACGGAUGCGUGUGGACAGGAUGACGUCCUCACUGCUCCCCAAUACCUAGGUUCGAUUGGCAACUAUCUUGGUGAACUGCGAACAACUAUAUCCUCGAAGGGACUUAGGCUAAUCAAUAAGCAAUACCGUAUUGCUCGCAAGUUUCUGCCGACGGGUAAGAAUCCCUUUCCAGACUCUAUUGGACCUUGCGACGAUGACUGUACGGUUUCGAUCGAACUUGGAAUCCCUUGCUAUCAUAAAGUCUAUGCAAAGCUAGAUUCUGCAACACCUUUUACUAAAUGGGAGGUCCACCCACGCUGGCGACUUCGGGAAUCGGUAUCAGAAGAUCCAUACCGACGAAUUCUUGACCCAAAAAUUGCUACAGCAUUACGCGGACGACCAAAGAACACUGUGCAGGUAGUUCCAAUGAGGUUAGCUAUUACAGUCAGUAACCAAUCUGCUAGUCGACUAAGCGAGCGAAGGCGAGGCCGACCGCAAGGGAGUCUCAAUAAGUCAACCCUUGCCAAGAGAGCACAAAAAGCGCCUCAAGAAUUCAUCACACAAACUAGUAGCCAAAUUGGCACCUCGACCCGGCAACGGGCAGGUAGAUGUUCUAAAGUUCUUAGAACUGGGAAGACAACAGGUGUGCGCUACAGUGGCCGGAGGAUGCAACCAGGUAUUCGCAGGACUAGAAGUCAAUGGGAGUUGGCUAGAAGUGAUGAGGAUGAUGCAAAUUGUAUCUUUGUGAGGCAAUAA